AGAGGAAUGCCCAGACAACUGGGCUCUGCUCAAGGAACGCUGUUACAACGUAAAUUCGGCCAAUGGUACGGAGCUGUCUUGGCAGGCGGCGAGACAAAAGUGCCUGGCGUUCGGCGGGGACCUUGUGGUUGUGAACACCGGGGAAGAGUACAACAAUCUGGUCGCCCUGGCCCAGUCGGUCGGGCUGAUGGCCGGUACCUGGCUCGGCUGUGCGUCGCUGCUUGGCGCCGAGACACGCUACCAGUGCCCCGCAGACGACAGUGUUUUCUACAAUAGGCCCGGUAAUUUCUCCGGGUUCUGGGAUUGGCCUCAGGCUGUGUUCGAUGACUCCAAUUCUCUACAAGUCAGUUAUUGCCUGUUUAUGGAAGGUCCAACAGACCAAUAUACCGUCACCAAGGCACUGUGCAAGAGCACUCGCGAUGGGCAGGUGAUGUGCGAACGAGCCCUUCAGGCCACAACAGCGACCCCGGCGCCUGUUGAAAACUCUGCCAAGGUGUGUUAUGUUCUGGGAGAGCCAGACCCCGACUCCGACGACCAGCCGCGUCACCGCUGGUUCGUGCCCCAGCCGGACCCGUGUGCCUGCACCGAGGUGCGGAUGGGAGGCCUGAACGCCCGGCCGGUGGCCAAACCCUUCGCGGUGCAGUUCAUGGAUUCUGUCCUGGUGAGCGAGGAUCAGGAGGAGAUUAGCAGCUGGCUGGGAUGUGGCGGGAUGACUGCAGAUGAUGUCACUCAAGAGCCAAUCUAACAUCUUUUCCAAGCUCCGAUCAGCCAGAUCAAGAAGAGAUCUGAGUGUAAGAUAUUGUCGACAACUGGUUGGGAUCACCAUUCAAAACUGUGGGAAAUUCUCCCAGUGUAAAUCAUGGUUAAAUUCUAUAGCGAAGUGAUGUUGAAACAAUCAUAAUGAGAAUUGUAUUCAUCAUCCUUGCCGGCCACAGUAAUCUUACUUUCGUGCGUCGCAAGAUGUUACCCUGGCAAACAGAGUCCACAUAAUUAUUUACUGGUUAUCACGACGUAAAAGAGUAGGAAUAUACCGUGGCUAGCGAGGAUGUGUAUUCUUAUUAAGUCAUUUCGAGAAUUGCAAAGAAAAGCUUUUCUCCUAUAAUUAAAAAAAAAUGAGUCCAAGUCGUGUUCUUGGGAUAAAUGUAAUCUUAAUUGCACCUAUUAUACCGGUAAUUAAUAUAGUCAUUUUCUUUUCAAUAACUUGACUACUUAAUUCAAUAGACAAUUUCGAUGUAAGUCUAAAAAAAAGACAUGAGACUAUUCACUUCUGUAACAUGGAGAUAAUUUCAUAAUUUUAACAUUUCUAAUGAACAGUUUGCUAUUGUCGAGUUUUGAGAUGCCCGUGCUGUUUCGAGUUUCACUCCGCAACACUAGCAACACAAAACUUAUCAACUUUACAAUGAGAAAUCAACUCAUAUCGGCCAAACGUUUAGUUAUGGAAUAAUUUAUUUACUAAUUUCGAAUAUGCAGUACAGGGUGUGUCAAAAAGAAAGCGACCCGGAUUUAAUGGUUUUGGUCUUAGAAAACAAUCAA